AUGUGUUAUAAUCAACUACCAAAGAUACGCAGAACUGUCUAUAAUUAUCGUCAAGGUGAUUUUGCUGGCUUACGAACUUCCCUUGAAUGUCUAAAUCUGGAUUCCCUGAUUACAACCGACGACAAUAUCAACCACGACUGGCAACAAUGGAAGAAGGCGUUCCUAGAAGCAGUAUCCCAACACAUACCAUCAGUGAGAGUAAAGGGUCGCAACUAUGUACCGUGGAUGAAUUCUACAAUUCUACACAACAUCAAGAAGAAAAACUCUCUCCGCCUCAGAAUUAAGAAAUCCCCUACACCUACUGAAUAUCUCCUGGAAAAAUUCAAAACCCUUCGUAGCUCCAUCAAGAGUAUGUUACGUAACAGUCGCUCCAAAUAUUUCGACUCUAUUUGUUCCAGCCGUGGACUUAAUCCCAAACGCUUCUGGUCCCUGUUCAAGUUCAAUAAUAAGACACGGAACAUUCCUCAAAAGCUCUCGGUGAAAGUAACUGAAACCAAAAGAACAUCCGCAGGAAAUCCAGCAGAUAUUGCUGCGCUCUUCAACAACUACUUCACAUCUAUAUUUACUACCGAUCCAAAUAUCGAAAACUACAGCCCUGACGCUCUUCCAUAUCAGUCUAACAAUACUAUCAUCGAGGACAUUACCCUUUCGGAAGCCGAUGUUUUCUCCGUAUUGCUUAAUGUCGACAUUAAUAAAGCUCAAGGUCCAGAUGGGAUUCCUGCACGAUUAUUAAAAGAAACAGCUCGCCAAAUUGCUCCAUCACUAACCGCCCUGUUUAAUAAAUCUCUCAACACUGGUGUGUUACCACCCGACUGGAAACUAGCAAAUGUUGUUCCCGUCCACAAAAAAGACAACAAAGAGCACGUAGAAAACUAUCGACCAAUUUCGCUUCUUUCGCUUAUCUCGAAAGCAUUGGAAAGAUGCGUGUUCAAUAAGAUGAAAGACCACGUUUUCGAAUAGAUUAACAACGGUCAACAUGGCUUUGUUCCUCGGAAGUCCUGUGUUACACAGCUCAUUGAAGUCUUUGAGUAUAUUGGUCGUGAGCUGGAUCUUGGGAAACAAGUUGAUGUGAUCUACUUGGAUAUGUCCAAGGCGUUUGAUCGAGUAAGUCACAUGCAACUGUUGAAACGACUUCGUGAUUUUGGAUUCGGUGGCAAUAUUCUUAACUGGUUUAGAUCUUACCUCAAGGACCGUCGGCAGCAGACUACAGUACUUGGUGCAACAUCAUCAGCACUACCAGUAACCUCCGGAGUUCCCCAAGGCUCAAUCCUUGGACCACUGCUGUUCCUAUUAUAUCAGAAUAAUCUCCAUCAACAACUCGAAGAUCGCGACGUUUGCUGA